GGGGACUGAAGACAGUCACAAUGAAGUUCGUGAUCUUGGCUUUGUUUGUUGCUGGUGCCUACGGGUGUGGCAGACCCACCUACCCUCCCACCAUCACCAGGGUGGUUGGUGGAGAUGAUGUCCGUGAGAACAGCUGGCCCUGGCAGGUGUCUCUGCAGUACAAGAGUGGCAGCAACUUCUACCACACUUGCGGUGGCACCCUGAUCUCCAAUCAGUGGGUCCUCACUGCUGCUCACUGCAUCAGCAGUCGCACCUACAGAGUCUUCCUGGGAAAACACAAUCUGAAGACCAACAAUGAGCCUGGCUCCAUGGCCAUCAGCCCCGCCAAGAUUGUGGUCCACGAGAACUGGGACUCUUACAGAAUCCGUAAUGACAUCGCCUUGAUCAAGCUGGCAACUCCUGUCACUUUCUCUGACACCAUCAUGGCUGCCUGUCUUCCCGACUCUGGCGAAAUCCUGUCUGAUGGUGCUCCCUGCUACGUCACCGGCUGGGGUCGUCUCUGGACCGGAGGUCCUAUUGCUGACAUCCUGCAGCAGGCCCUCCUCCCUGUGGUCGGCCACUCCACCUGCACCAGGUCCGACUGGUGGGGCAGCCUUGUCACCAGCAACAUGGUCUGUGCUGGAGGAGAUGGAGAACUGGCUAGCUGCAACGGAGACUCUGGUGGUCCUCUGAACUGUCAGAACCGUGAUGGCACCUGGGACGUCCACGGUGUGGUGAGCUUCGGCUCUAGCAUGGGCUGCAACUACCCCAAGAAGCCCUCUGUCUUCACUAGGGUCAGCGCCUACAUCCCCUGGAUCAACAACGUGAUGACCAGGAACUAAGAUACUGGUUGGUUUGUGUCAUUGUUGGUGGUUGAAUUUCAUCAAAUAAAGAAUAUAAUUGUAAA